AUGACCUUUCUCUUUUUUAAGUGGUUGAUUGCCGCUAAUAUCGUCACUCGACGUGGGAGAGUAUCAGACUCAGAGGAAGAGGCAGCUCCGCAGCAAGCGACAGAGGCGACUCAUGAGGCUAUGGUGUCGACUCGAGGAAAAGAGGCUGUUGAAUCCUCGAGAAAAGGAAAGGAACCGGUUCUUCCAGCUGGUAGUGAAGAGGAAUUUGAUAGUGAGGAAACGGAGACUUCUGAAGAGGCGGGUGAGACUAGCUCGAGUUCUGAUGAAAGAGCUGGUCUCCCUGAUUCUUUCUUUGAAAGGGGACUUGUAAGACCUUCCGUCGCUCCGGCCCAACCACAAGCUGCUCCGAGAAAACGGAGAGAGAGAGUCGUCAUGACCUAUCCUAAUCGGAUGACGGUAGACGUUCUCAGUGGGGACGAAGAGGAUGAAGAGGAUACAGUGCCUCUUGCUCAUAGGCAAAGAUCUCGAUCUUCCACUCAGACCCAAGCUUCCCCCAGAGUUGAACUACGCACCAAAUAUCGCCAUGAAGGUUCCGAAGCACGUCCACUGAAGAGACAGAAGAAAGCUGUCUCUAAGCCACGCGUUCAUCUUCCUGCUCUAGAAGAGACGUCUGAUCGUAGUGCUUCUUCUGAUGAACAAGGGAAUCAAGAAGAAGGAGAAUUGCCAGCUGAUGCUGUUUCUCCAGCAAAUGCAGGAUGCUCUGAAAGAAGGAUCAGCUGA